GAUGGUCACGUGCCCCCCCCCCCAUGGCAGAAUGAUGUGAAGGUAUGUCAUCCUGAGCCCUGAGGUGAAUGGAAGGUAAGUCCAGUAGACGGUAAACAAUGUUUUAAUUAUUUUAUAUAAAGACUGAAUCUUCCUAGAAUGUUAUUACGUAUUCACACAUGAUUUGAUAUCUGUAAUGGCUAUUCUGUGAAGGUUGUAACAAUAACACGAUCACCCACAUCUAACAUGGCUACUCUGUGACGGUUGUAACAAUAACACUCACCCACAUCUAACAUGGUUACUCUGUGAAGGCAGUGACUGAUUUUAGUAUGGCAUCUGCUGAUCUGCUCCAUCCUUUGUAUAUACAAUAUUUUUGUAAAUACUUUUCUGAAAAGCUGUGUGUUUCUGCAGUUAUACAGGCAGCCUUUUUGUCUUUCUUACAUGACUGACAUGACUUGCUUCUCUUUUUAGAUGCUGUGUCUGACAUCACGUCUGCCUCCAUGAAGCUCCUGGCCAGCUCUGAGAUCGCUGCUGCCUCGGUAGCUGAGAGGAGGCUCAUGCACGCCGUCCAACACCUAGAAGACCGGACUGAAGAAUCCUCACUCGCUCCCGCCGAGGACAUUCUAGAUUCCCUGGAGGUUCCUGAAGCUAAGGUAGAGGAGGAAGUAUUAUCUGUGGAGGCGGAAGUGGCAGAAGCACCAGCUGCAGAAGUCUUGGAAACUGAAGAGCCCAAACCAGAAGAGGAGGCUGUUGUUGCUGCCCCUAAUGUCACAGAGGAAGUGGUUGCUGAGGAGACCCCUGAGCCAGAGGAAGUGGUUGCGGAGGAGACCCCUGAGCCAGAGGAAGUAGUUCCGGUUGCCGUAGAGGAAGCACCUGAGGCUGAGGCUUCUGCCGCUGUGGAAGUACCUGAGGCUGAGGCUUCUGCCGCUGUGGAAGUACCUGAGGCUGAGGCUUCUGCCGCUGUGGAAGUACCUGAGGCUGAGGCUUCUGCCGCUGUGGAAGUACCUGAGGCUGAGGCUUUUGCCGCUGUGGAAGCACAUGAGGCUGAGGCUUCUGCCGAGGAGGGACCAAUAGUAGAGGAAUUUUCCCCAGAAGAGGCUGCCCCAGUCGAAGAGGCUGCCCCAGUCGAAGAGGCUGCCCCAGUCGAAGAGGCUGCCCCAGUCGAAGAGGCUGCCCCAGUCGAAGAGGCUGCGCCUGUUGAGGCAGAGUUACCUGCAGCCGAAGAGGUAGUAGUAGAGGAAGCCCCAGUGGAGGAAGCCCCAGUAGAGGAAGCCCCAGUAGAGGAAGCCCCAGUAGAGGAAGCCCCAGUAGAGGAAGCCCCAGUGGAGGAAGCCCCAGUAGUAGAGGAAGCCCCAGUAGUAGAGGAAGCCCCAGUAGUAGAGGAAGCCCCAGUAGUAGAGGAAGCCCCAGUAGUAGAGGAAGCCCCAGUAGUAGAGGAAGCCCCAGUAGAGGAAGCCCCAGUAGAGGAAGCCCCAGUAGUAGAGGAAGCCCCAGUAGAGGAAGCCCCAGUAGUAGAGGAAGCCCCAGUAGUAGAGGAAGCCCCAGUGGAGGAAGCCCCAGUGGAGGAAGCCCCAGAAAUGGAGGAACCAGCAGCGGCAAAGGAGGCUGUGGAGACAGCCCAAGUGUCUGAGGAUGAGGCGCUCGUCGUGGAGGCGGCGAUGCUGGCAGCAGCCUCAGCCCUGGAUGUUGAGGCAGUGGAGGCAGAGGCAGCCCCGGCUGAGGAAGUCAAGGAGGCCCUCUUCACUUCAUGCCACCAAUGUGAAGCCCCAGCUUCUGAGGCUGAUGUGGCAGUCACCCCCAUGGAGGUUGUAGAGGCUGCAUCUGUGGGGGAAGUAGAGGCUCCCCCUGCUGGUGUGGAGGAGGCAGUCGUCGAGGGUGAGGCAGUGGAGGUGACCGCAGAGGAGCGCGCCACCGAUUGGCCUGCUGAGGUGACCGCAGAGGAGCGCACCACCGAUUGGCCUGCUGAGGUGACCGCAGAGGCAGUGGAGGAAGCCAAGGUGGAAGGAGAGACUGCCAGGCCAGUAAAGAGGUCCUGCUCAGUGAUGUGAUAGUACAGAAGGUGCACAGAGUAUGAGCCUGAUGUUGCUGACAGCCCAGUCCUGACUGGAGACCAGCGAGAUGUGCCUUCUGGAACAGUCAACACCCACAGCUGUCAAUCAAACAGGACGAUCAACAUAAAACACACACAGAAUUAGAACUGGUUUGAAUUGAAUUCUAUAAUUCUAUUUAACUCAUUAUAUAUUUAAAUGUUGUCUAAUGACAACCGUUGUCAACCCGGUAACUACAUUCCCGGUUCUCACUCAGUUUCCUGGUCUUAUAUUAUCCCCAUGGUGAGGUGACACUUCUGUAAGGGUUUGAAGUCUGACUUUAUUCCUAGGUUCAGACCCAAAUGACACCUUAUACCCUAUAUAGUGCACUACUUUUGACCAGGGCCUGGGGGAAUAGGGUGCAAUUUUGGAUGGAUAUCAACUAUUUCUCAGUACCACCCUGUUCCCCAAGGUGUCACUGUUACCAAGCUGACGAAGACCACUUGAAUGUAUUUGAAGUUACGUGAUAAAUUAUUGUGUACUUGACAUUGCCUAAUGAAUUCUGACUUCUUUUUUUUGAUUCAAUGAAAUAAGAUCUGAAUUGUUGUAUUAAACAGUAGGCUAUUAGACAACAUCUAGAUGAUUGUGUUCUUCAAAGACUGUUGAGUUAGUUCUGCAUGGAGUUUUUUUUAUUCAAUCAGGGAAUAUCUAGAUUAAGUUGAGUUCUCAAGCCAGUAGACUGUUGGUAGACAGUGUUGUACCCAUGUGAUGUAAAAAUAAAAUGUUUUUUUUCAGUCCAAUAAUAAUUUAUGUAAUAGCUUUGCAGGUGGGGUUGGUUGGUGGGGUGGUUGUGGGGU